AUGGACCCCUCACUUCUUGCGCCUGGUCUCACGUCUGUGGCUGAGCAGCAGGACCAGGCGAAACGUGUCAAAGAUGCCAAGGAAACGUAUCAGAUGAUCGUCAAGAAUGCAGAACGCACAGGCCGUGUCAUUCCCGCAUUCGACUUCCUGGAACUCAUUGGCAAGGGAGCUUACGGGCGCGUCUACAAAUGCCGCGAUCAAAAGACAGGCUCUCUCGUUGCCGUCAAGAUUACAGAAGUGGAUUCGAGGGAUUGGAUUGAAGCAACGGAGUCGGGCGCUCCGCCCCGCGACGACACCAUCCGAGACUUCAGGAAAGAAGUUUCUACGCUGCAACAGUUGAAAGACAAGGGUAUACCCAACAUCAAUGUACUUCAUGACGCAUUUGAUAUGCACGCACAGGUGUGGAUGAUAUCAGACUACUGUACCGGUGGCAGUGUUCGAACGCUCAUGCGCCCCUUUGCUGUCAAUGGGGAGCCACGCGGACUUCCAGAGAAGUACAUCAUUCCCAUCGCCCGAGAGCUCGCAAUCGCUAUCGCUGGGUGCCAUGAGUCGGGUAUCAUCCACCGAGACAUCAAAUGCGCGAACGUUUUCAUCACGGAAGAUGGCAAGAUUCAGCUUGGCGACUUUGGCGUUGUUGGCGUUCUGGAGAACCAAACGGAUAAGCGCAGAACAAUCAUUGGCACGCCUCACUACAUGCCCCAAGAAGUAGCUGAAAAGCUCGACCAGCCCCUUGACGAGGAUGAACCAGGCUAUGGCUCGGAGGUAGACAUCUGGGCCUAUGGAUGUACUCUCUACGAGAUGGCGACCGGACACCCGCCGUAUUGGAAGGUUCCUCCUAAGAAGAUACAUGAGGCCAUAUCGAAAGGUCCGCCACGGGUUACAGAUGAGUCAUACUCUCCCGAACUGCGAGAUCUUAUCGCAAUGUGCACCGAAAUAGAUCCGGAUCAACGUCCCGCGGCAACGACGAUCUUGCAGCAUCCAGCUAUUGCAAAUACGAGCAGAGAGUACCCAACACGCAGCCUCGUCCCUCUCAUCGAGCGUUUGAAGAUAUGGGAGCGCGGUGGCGGCUCUCGACAGUCAUUGUGGAUCCAAGCUCCGUCGGAUCCACGCUCGCCCUCUGCCGACAAUGGCGACGAUGGCAGCGAUAACGACCAUGGGAAGUCUUCCAAGUGGAGCAUGGAUGGAUGGAAUUUCAGUACCUCAGAAGACUUUGACCGACGAUUCAGUCAGCUGACGUCCUACAACGACGCGAACAUGCAAUAUCUCGAAGCUCCACACGGCGCCGGACUGCCUCCUGCCGUGCCACAGAUCAACACCAAGGAUCUCACUGUCGCGGAGCGAAUCAAGCGCGAGCAUACAGAGCUCUCGGCAAACCGUGGUGAGAAGCUUAUGGCGAGACUAUUCGAUCCAAAUGACCCCACUGGCUAUGACAGCUCGUCUGCGGCGCAGAAUACGCCAGUGGAAGAGCCUUCUCCGAGCUCAGACUUACCCUUACGCAACUUCACUGGUGACGCCCCGACCCGCGAGAGCAUGAUUGAGAUUGACUUGGACGAUGCUGGGGCCCACGGGACCGCCACAUCCGUAUUCGCGCUGCAUAUGGAGAACGAGCACACAAUCAAGCCUAUCGGCCGCAGAUUCGUGGACGACGAAGAUGAUAGCGACAAUUUCCAGUUUGAUCAACGCGACAGCGGCGACAAGCGUGACACGAUGGCGUGGACAUUCCCCUCCGCUCCACAGCCACAAACUCAACUCAAGCGCGGCACCUUGGACUGGACUUUCUCCAACGCUGGACCAGCGCAAGCUCAUGAAGCUGAGCCGUCAAUGGAUGAGCCGGACACAGGCUAUGGUGGUGAAUUAGCACCGGGUGUCCGACCCACCAUCAAGCAUACAGCCACCGAGCCCGUUGGCCAUUUCCGCGGCUUCUCACCCGACAUGGCAGCUUCCCUUGGGUCCCCAGUGCGCGAGUCUGUCGCAUCCAUGAUCGACCUAGAUUUGGGCUUCGUCGACCCCUAUGAGCAUAUCCAGAACCCUGCUGAGAUUGCUCGCCCGUCGACGGCCAGCUCAGCUGCGGGAUCUACCAUGACCGACAUGACCUCCGGCAAUCCAUUUGAUCUUGAAGAAGACCCGGUUCAGAACGAGCUUGACCGUCAGCGCUUCUCCUACCACAAGCAGUGGCAGUCAGAGGGUGGCCACAUGGACCGCGCCGACCACAGGGCUAUGCCUAUGCAUGCUCGAGGAAGCAGUCUUUCGAGUACCGACUCCGACAUGGAUCCCCUGAAUACGAUCAACCAACGCGCGGACCCUGCAGCAGAGUCAAUGCAGCAUCCGCCGUUCAAUGUUGAUCAAGGCCUCGGAGGUCUCUCGCCGGAUGAGAUGAACCAAUGGCCCAACUUUUCCUCCUUUGACGGCUUCGACACCAGCCCACAGCAGUUCCCAUCGCUCAGCGAUAUCCCACGACUUGGAGAGCCAGACUUUCCGCUUGAGCAUGGCCUGCGCACGAACACGAAUGGCUUGGCGUCGCGCUCUCGCGAGCCAAGCGGUCAGCCGCCAGGACCUACGAUCGAUUUCCCCGCGGUCAACCCUCCUCACCCCGAGGCUCUUGUCGAAAACGCCAACUCGCAGUUGUUGGAGCAGGAGUUCAGUCGCGCUCUCAACGAUAUGGCUGACAGCCUAGACAGCAUGGUGCAGGGUUUUCGUCAGUACAUGCCGGUCGAUGACGAUGACGACGGCGAUGUUGUAUCUGAGAGCGAGGGCACGGAGGACGAAGGUAGCGCUGGAGAACAUCUCACCUACCGCCGCGCCAACCGCUAG